AACAGACUACUAAUUUCAGUUAAUUCGUUGCUCCUACUUACGUCACACGGCGGCGAUGGUUUUACUCUCUGAAAUUCCCGGCGACCCUAAUGGCGACGAUCCAAACAAUAAUCCUCAAGAAGAAGAAGAAGAUAAUCAAAACAAGAAUCCUCAAGAAGAAGAAGAAGUAGAGAAUCCUCAAGAAGAAGAAGAAGUAGAGAAUCCUCAAGAAGAAGUAGAGAACCUUCCGAUUCUUCUAGAACUUCCAACAGAUCUCAUCCAAAGAAUCAUCGCACACAUCCCAAGAUGUUACAGCCCGUCGCCAACUCUCGUCUGCAGAGCCUUACGUCAGGUAAUCACUUCGGAUGAACUCUACGUAACGCGCUCGCUCCUCGGCUUCACCAAACCGAUUCUUUAUGCCUUAAUCAGAUGCACACCGUAUACUCACCCAAUCUGGUUCUUUCUUUGUUGGAGCAACAUCGGAUUACACUUACGCAGAAUCCGUUCACUUCUUCCAAUGUUUCCUGGAGCAGCUGUGGUCACAAUCGAAUACAAGAUGUAUACGUCGUCGUCUUGUGUGGUUGGAGAUUUGUUGUAUGCACUAGAUCUUACGUGUACUCUUGGAUAUCCGAUUGUGGUAUAUAAUCCGAAUGAAUUGGUUUGGGGACCUGUGCUGGGUGGAUAUUCUUCUUAUUUGCCUAUUCUCAGUAACUAUCGGUCUAAAAUGGCGAAUUUUGGUGGGAAGUUGAUGAUUUUCUGCAGCUAUCGUGGGUGGUUUCACGAUAUUUGGUGCAUAGUGAUUGCGUUGGAAACACGUCAAGAAAAUCAGAUUUGGGGGGUGUUUGAAUCAAUCUCGCUUGUGUUUAGGGACGUGAUGACAAUGCCUUCCAUUGAGCUUUGUCGAACUGUUAUGGUUUGAUGUUACGCUUGCAGGUGAAGGAUCUUUUUAUUACAUCUACUGUUUUAGCAGCUUGUUGAUAUGAAGCAAAAGUAGUGCAGAAGCUGUUAUAUCUGACACCUUAUUGAGUACUUCGUUCUUCUUAACCUUUGUCCACAAUGUGAUUACUCUGAGAUAAUUAGCCCUGUGUAGAGUUGGCCACUCUUUUAGCCUUCUAUACAAAAAUUCUUAUGAGACUUGUUGAAACGCAUCUUUAGUCUCUUGGGUCCCAACUUCUUCCUGUUUACUUUUAGAUAUAUAACUUUUGUGUAAAUAGCAGCUGAGUUUACAAUAAUGAAAAUCUGCUUCUACU